AUGCCCAAAUAUUUUGAACGGGAUCCCGCGGCUUGGGAUAUUAUUGACUUCCUAAGUGAGUAUGAGGCAGAGCCAUUUGACUCAAACAUAGAUACCUAUUUAAAAGAUCUCCAACGCAUCGUUAACAGUCAGAAAGGUAAAAGGGCCGAAAAGGCAAAAUUACUUAUAAAAGAUUAUAGAGAGGCAAGUAAAAAAACCUUUAAAUCCUAUUGGAAAGGGAAGUGGCGUGAACGGAGGCCUCUUAGGCUCUUAGCUGAUCCAACACCGGACCCAUUGGAGCACAGCUGGCCUCCUAGUCCUAAUCAACGACAACCCAACCUUAAAGAAAUUCGUGAUACAUGUUCAAAAGAUCUUCCUGAGAUGCCAACAGACCUUUUAAAAUAUGUCAGCUUUUUCCGAAGGAAAACAACGGAAGAAUUGCGGAUAGCACUUGAUACAAGACAAGACUGGGAAGGCAAAAAUUUUAACAAAACGAGACAUUUUAAUUUUGAUUGGGUAAAAAAUUCCGUUUAUAAUUUGGUGCUUGAAUUUGAAUCUGAUAUGCUACAGCAAAGUCAUUUGGAAGCGUGGUAUAAUAUUCAUGUAUGGACAUUCAUUGAUAAAUCAUUUAAUGAAUUGGAAGGAGUAGAUAUAGUCCGAGGUGAAUCAUGUAGUCUUGCCUCAUCAAAGCGCAAAAAUAAUAGAAGGAUAAUUCAAGGAAUUGUGAAAACAACAAGAAAAUCUAUUGGAAGGAGGGGUGAUCUUAUCGUAAGGAAAGGACCUUACGAAUAUGGAGCUUCUGAGGUUGGAAAAGAUUAUGAGGGGGACAAUGGAUCAAAAUUACUAAAGGAAAGAGGUCUAAAAAGUCCGAAGAUGUUAAAGGAUAUGAUGAUUGACCUGGGUAAUUUUGUUGAAUGGAAAACUGACAAGUUGCGUCAAUUUGAGCUAGUUAGUUUCAUUCACGCUGGUCUUUUCAUGAUUUUGUUGCGUAUGGAUGUUCCUGCCGGAUAUAUCUGCAGAAUUACUAGGUCGGAUACCCUACAAGUACCAACCAAUGUCAGCCAAUUCGAAAAAGCUCUUAAAUGUUUGGUUUUAACAUGGAAGGCUAAGACGAUCAUCUGUAAAACAAUCGACGUUGUUGAAGAAAUGUGUGACGAUGACGUAUUGGAGGAUUUACAAGGAGCUGGUACCCUCUCGUAG